UUUUCGGUAUCUUUGUUUUGCUACGCAAAGUGACUUAACGUGUUCUCUCUUUCGCUCGUGUUGGUCAGUACGUGAAUUUGCUGUUCGUAAUACAGAGGUUAAAAUCGCGACUUUAUCACUAGAUUGUUAUAGAAAUUGGCCAGAACGUGUUGUUAAACCUCCAGUACGCUUUGUGGUGCCGUGAUAAGUGGAUGCAAAAAAACUUGAACGAAAAACUUUAGUUAAAGAAACCAUUGACAUUUACCAGGAAAGUUGUUCAUUCGCAAAACCGGACCGGUUUUUGUUCACCUUACAGCGUAGUUCGAUUUUGCACUAGAGAGAUUGGUUUGUUUAGUUUCAGUGAACUCUCAGACUUUGUAUGUGUAGUGGUGAAGGUGGUAGUAAAUCAUGCCGGCUGAAGGAGUAAAUAAAGAUUUGCAGCGUGAACGCGACAAAUGCACAUUCAAUCUAGAGGAGUUCACUCUGUGGUGGGUGGGAGGAAUCGAGAAAUUGAACGAGAAGAGAUUUAUAGAAAACUAUUACAAGAGCCAACCCGAAUUCCACGAUAAGAUUCCACUGCACUACGUGUCCCACCAGGAAACGUACGAAGAAACGGUCCGAAAGGCGGUGGUCAUCUACACCAAGGUCAAAAAGCUACUCCAAGAGCAAGGAAAAUAUGAUCCCAAAAAUUAUGUACCCCUGCUCGACGCACUGCUCGGAGCUGGAGUUAUCAAAGAAGGUAGCCCACUGAGGUUGCACUUUGUCAUGUUCAUACCGGCGAUUAUUGGUCAAGGUACUGUGGAACAGCAAGAGAAGUGGUUAGGGCGAGCUCUCAACUGCGAAAUAAUCGGAACGUACGCUCAGACGGAACUUGGCCAUGGCACAUUUCUACGUGGCUUGGAAACCACCGCAACAUUCGAUGAACGCACGGACGAAAUUGUACUCAACAGCCCGACGCUGACGGCAUACAAAUGGUGGCCGGGUGCUUUGGCUCAAACCGUCAAUUACUGCAUCGUGAUGGCACAGUUGUACUCCAAGGGGAAACGACACGGAGUACACGCAUUUUUGGUUCAGGUCCGCGAUGAGGAAACUCACAUGCCUCUUGCGGGGAUAGAGAUUGGUGACAUUGGUCAUAAAAUGGGCUUCAAAGGAGUUAACAAUGGGUUUCUGGGGUUCAAAAACUACCGGAUUCCUCGCAGCAAUAUGCUCAUGAAGAACGCUAAAUUACUACCGGAUGGAACAUACGUGAAGCCGGUGACUCCCGUUUUGACUUACGGCACGAUGGUUUUCGUGCGGGUGAUCAUCGUUAGUCAAAUGGCCCAGAAUUUGGCCAGAGCUGCCACCAUAGCCGUGCGAUAUUCCUGCGUGCGUCGGCAGAGUGUAAUCAAUCCAGAGCAACCAGAGGUUCAAGUAAUGGACCAUUUAACGCAGCAAGAUAAACUACUACCCCAAAUUGCCAAGGCAGUUGCAUUGAAGCUGACCGCCGAAAAUCUGUGGCGGAUGUACCAAGAGACGACUUCCGAUUUAAACACUGGCAAGCUGGACCGCCUACCGGAGCUGCAUGCCAUCGCGUGUUGUUUGAAAUUCGUUUCGACAUCCGAUGCCGCUCAGGGAAUCGAGGUGUGCCGUCUGUCUUGUGGGGGUCAUGGAUAUUUGUCCUCUGCUAAUUUUAUGACCUUCUACACAGUCGCUACGGCCGCUUCAACAUAUGAAGGCGAAAAUACUGUGCUGUUGCUGCAAACUGCUAGGUACUUGAUCAAGAUGUGGAAUGAAGCCCUUAAAGGUCGUAAACUUACGCCGACGGUUCAGUAUCUUGCAGCGUAUGUCGGUAAACCGAACAAGCGAAUUGCUUGGAGUGAUUCCAUCCCGGUCAUCAUUACUGUAUUCCAAGGGAUUGCUGCCAACAGACUGGGUCAGGCAAAUGCACAUAUCGAGCAACGAAGACGAGAGGGUUGCACUCCAGAGGAAGCUACCAACCAGACUGGAUUGGAGCUGGUGCGUGUAGCGGAACUUCAUGGACGCGCGUUUGUUCUGCAGUCCGUUUACGAAAUGGUUGAGAACUACUGCCAGACUGCUUCUCCUCAGCUAGCGGCCGUGUUGCGUGAUUUGUGUAAACUGGUGUUCUAUGACGAGGCCCUCAAAGUUGCCGGAGAUUUGAUGAGAUUUACUACAAUAUCUGAGAGCGAUUUCGUAAGACUGCAGCAGCUAUAUGAAGACUGCCUGGCUACCAUCCGACCGAACGCCGUCGGAAUUGUGGAUGGAUUCGACUAUCCGGAUUACGUGCUUGGUUCUGCUCUUGGAGCGUACGACGGUAAUGUCUAUGAACGGUUACUCGAGGAUGCUAAGAAAAGUCCACUUAAUCAGGAACCGGUGAAUAAAACGUUUGAACUGUACCUUAAACCAUUCAUGCAGGGUAAACUGUAAAUCGAGGGCCUUUGGGUGGAAGAAAAAAACUUUACGGAUGAUAGUUUUGAGUCGAACUUGAUAUAUUUACUAUUAAACAUGGGAAUUCAGCAGAUAACAUUAUGAUCAUAGGUUUUACCACAAUGAAACAAUACUACAUUAAAGUUAUAAAUAAAAACCUUUAUGAGAUUAUCAAUUGCCGUUGUAAAAUAAAUUGGCCGUAGGUUUUCCUUGCUCCAGAAGUGCCAUUCCUGUUAUUGCUUUGUUUUGUUUUAGAAACUAAUCUCUACAGAAUACGACUAGCGCGUUUGGCACACGUAACGGAGUAAACAAACGAAUUCCCAAACUAUAUAAACCAAAAAGUGGUCGUGGCUUAUCAUUUAAAAUAAUCAUUUUUUUUUGUUUUACAGACAUAAUACAAAAACACUAA